AGCAACACUCCACAAAGAAAGCCAAGAUGGCGACCACAACAUCAACCCCAACCAUACUCUUCGCAAUUGCCAUUCUCUUAGUCGCCAUCCAAGCCGUUCAUGCAGACUAUUACCGUCCCCGGCUACCUACAGUCCCGAGCCCUUCUCCCUACGUCGCAAACCCCAAGCCGCUCCCAACUCCCAUCCCCAAACCUAUCCUCUAUCGUCCUCCUCCCACCUACCAACCACCCACGGGCUCCUUCGAACAACAAUUUCUUGAUCCACAUAAUACUGUCCGAGGCGGCCUAGGUCUGUCUCCAUUGGUGUGGGACGGCAAGAUCGCGAGCUACGCAACAUGGUGGGCUAACCAGAGGCGAUACGACUGCUCCCUAACCCACUCGACCGGUCCAUAUGGUGAGAACAUUUUCUGGGGGAGUGGCUCGGACUUUACACCGACUUUUGCAGUGGAGUCAUGGACCGUAGAGGCUAAGUCUUACAACCACAUGACCAACUCAUGUGAAGGGAGCGGUAUGUGUGGCCACUACACUCAGAUCGUAUGGCGUGACACCAAGCGCAUAGGUUGCGCUCGAGUUGUCUGCGAGAACGGCGCAGGAGUUUUCAUCACUUGCAACUACGACCCUCCGGGUAACUACGUUGGAGAGAAGCCUUACUAACUUUUUCUAACACUUUCGUUUUCAAUCAACGUUGGUGAUUAAUUACUUAAUCUAUAUAUGUUUUUGUU